GAUGUUGUCCGCCAAAGGUCCCCAAAUGCGUGCGUUUACCCAACGUGUUGCCGCAUUUUCAACGCAGCUCCAAAUCGACCCAAUUCCAAUCGUGUUCGUCGGAAAGGGCACAACUCCUCGCCAAAACUCGCUUCUCGGCCCAAAUGACAGUCAGUACCCGUUCCAGGGAGACGUCUCGUUUGCUCACAAGCCAUUGAGCAUCCGCCAACAAGUGGAAAACUCAAAAAUCGAGCGUGUGAUGGACGAUACGGAGCACAAUUUGAUCAAUUUGCUCUCCAAUACAAAUAUCGAAGUUGACCGUACACAUUUGGCUCAAUUGAAGGAAGAAGCAAUGGAAGAGAUUCAGGCAAAUGCGGCUGACGUUGAGAUUGAACUUUCCGCUAUUGAAGCACCAAAGUUGCUCAAAAAAGAAAUGAAAUACCUAUUCCCACAAAUGGAGACUCAAAAGAUGAACAACGUGACCGUGUUCAAUCUAACUCAAAAGUCAGAAUUCGACAUGAAAGCAUGGAGUGAAGCAAUGGAAGAGGAACGUGAAAAGCUCACCGCCUCAUUCAUCAUGUCCGCCAACGCGAUUUGCUCAACUCUCCAUCGUUUCGGCUAUUGGGCUGAUUUCAUUGAUCCAUCUUCCGGCCGCCCGUAUAUGGGUGAUUACACCAAUCAUACACUUUUCGAGACCAAUGACGCCUACAAACAAAUGGGCUUCAAGAUUGAAGACCUCGGAUGCUGCAAAGUUCUGCAACACGCAUGCUGGGGAUCCAACGCAUUUGUGGGAACUAUUUUCACUGAUGCUCCUGUUGAUGGGGAUGCCGUCAGGGAUAUUUUGAAGAAGGUUACUCAGGAGAUUGACGAAUAGAGAUUCCAUCGAGCAAUUUUCCAGUAGAAGCCCCGCCCACAAUAUGCCAUAAAUAUGAGUCGAUUCUCCUUCCAUUUUGCACCCGUUGUCCCUCGCUCCACGUAUUUUCUAAUUUUUUUUUGUCUGUAAAAUUUUUAAUUUAGACUAAAAAUUUGCGGUUUUCAAAUGAAUGAAAUUUGCAAGCAAGCACUGUCUCGAAAUUGUAAAUAAUUUAAUGGUUGUUUUUUAGAAAAAAAUAAAUGUUUGUUAGAAUCCAC